AGGGCCGCGGCGGCGAUGCAGCGACGGCGGCGCCCACCGCCGCCGGCCUCUCAGCUGCCGGAGGGCUGCGGGGGAGGCGGCGGCGGCCGCGGGGGAGGCGGCGGGAGCGAGGAGGUGGAAGUGCAGUUCUCCGCCGGGCGUUUGGGCUCCGCCGCGGCAGUUUCGGCGCCGGCGGCCGCGCGCAGUACGGAGGAAGAGGAGGAGAGGCUCGAGCGCGAGCACUUCUGGAAGAUCAUAAAUGCCUUCCGCUACUACGGCACCAGUAUGCAUGAGCGAGUGCACCGAACAGAAAGACAGUUUCGAUCACUCCCAGCUAAUCAACAGAAACUACUUCCUCAGUUUCUUCUUCACUUGGACAAGAUCCGGAAAUGUGUUGAUCAUAAUCAAGAAAUACUACUGACCAUUGUGAAUGAUUGCAUACAUAUGUUUGAAAAUAAAGAAUAUGGAGAAGAUGGGAAUGGAAAGAUUAUGCCAGCAUCUACGUUUGACAUGGAUAAGUUAAAAUCCACAUUGAAACAGUUUGUGAGAGACUGGAGUGAAACUGGGAAAGCAGAAAGGGAUGCCUGCUACCAACCAAUCAUUAAAGAAAUUUUAAAAAAUUUCCCAAAAGAGAAAUGGGAUCCUUCUAAAGUAAAUAUUCUGGUACCUGGUGCUGGACUAGGAAGACUGGCCUGGGAAAUAGCUAUGCUAGGUUAUGCUUGUCAAGGAAAUGAAUGGAGUUUUUUUAUGCUUUUUUCUUCCAACUUUGUACUCAACAGAUGUUCUGAAAUUAAUAAAUAUAAGCUUUAUCCCUGGAUUCAUCAGUUUAGCAAUAACCGGAGGUCAGCUGAUCAGAUUCGACCCAUCUUUUUCCCUGAUGUUGACCCCCACAGUCUUCCUCCCGGUUCUAACUUUUCUAUGACAGCAGGAGAUUUUCAGGAGAUAUACUCAGAGUGCAAUACCUGGGACUGUAUUGCUACCUGUUUCUUCAUAGACACAGCUCACAAUGUAAUUGAUUAUAUUGAUACAAUAUGGAAAAUACUCAAGCCAGGUGGAAUUUGGAUAAAUCUAGGUCCUCUGCUGUACCACUUUGAAAAUUUGGCGAAUGAACUUUCCAUAGAAUUGAGCUAUGAGGAUAUAAAAAAUGUUGUUCUGCAGUAUGGAUUCCAGUUAGAGGUGGAAAAAGAAUCUGUCUUGUCAACGUAUACUGUGAAUGAUCUAUCCAUGAUGAAAUACUACUAUGAAUGUGUUUUGUUUGUGGUGCGUAAACCACAAUAACAGUCUCAAGUGAUUAUCAUCAAGAAAAAAGUUUAAUAUUAAAUGCUGAAAUAAACAACUCAAAAUCAACUAUCAUAAUGACAGGACACAACCUCAAAUCAGUGGUGCCUUCUUAUUCCUAACAAAAUUUAGAAAUAGUGUCUAUUUUCUUAAUAUGUCUAUCGCUUUUUCAGAAAUAUACUAUGCCAUGCAUAUUUGUACUACACAAGUAAAAAUGGAGGAAAUGUCUUCAAGUAUACUUUUUCCUUGAAGCCCAGAAUUAUCUUUCAGUAGAAAAAACUUUAUUUCCAGUGUCUUCAUGAAGCUGUCCGUUAAGUCUGCCAUAUGAAUAACUUAUAGUAUUGCAAUCCAUAAAAAUCUCCCUUUUUGUUGUUUUGUAUGCAUCAUACAUGUUAAGAGUCUAAGGAUCCUCUGUCACUUUCAACAUCUGGAAUUGGGAUUUUGUUUACUUUGAACCUAAGCAAUCUAUACAGAAAAUGCAUAUCCUUUUAUCAUUCAAAUUAUUUUAUUUUCUAGCUCAGCUGGACUUAUAGUUAACAAAAUGUUGAAUUUAUAGGAUCAAAUUAGCCUUUUGGUCAUACUAAGUUGAACACUUUGAAAGCAUACUCAUCAUGGAUCACUCUGAAAUAUAUGAGAUCUCAGCAUUCUAAGUGAGGCACAAAAGUAUUUAUUAAAGGUACUGCUAGGAAACUGGGAAAAUAAGAAUAAAAUCUGUCCAUUUGAAAUGUAUGAUUUCAAACUAUAAAUGAAUACAUUUUGUCAGUUAGAUGUUUACAAUAAUGUAUUUCCUUUAGAUUACCUGAAUUACAAAAGCAAGCACUUUUUUUUUCCGUUAAAACAAUUAUAUACUAGUAAAAACUGUCAUGAUAGUAUUAAUGUGGAGAAAUUUUCAUGAUGAAAUUUAGGGAUAAUUACUGCCCAUGGUCUGUGUAUUUAAUAUUGUAAGCAGCAGCCAUUAGUAUAAUUCCAGAUUAGUAUCCAUUUUGUUCCCUGAUAGCUAUAGCUAAAACAGUAUAUGCUGCUUUAAAUUUCUACCUCUAGCAGAUCUUUUUUGGAGGGAGUUUUCCUUUGUAUUUUUUAAUGUUUAUUACCCUGUUUUCCAGUAGCUUGAUAAAUAGAUGACUAAUUUAAUGUGUUUUAACCUUUUCUUGGAGAAAAGGGAGUAAUAUUGAAUAUUUUCAUAGUUGGUUGUGAUGACAUUAAGUGACCUCUGUGGCAAUUUUAAUUAAAUAGACUUAAUCUCAGUAAUGUGCUGGUAACAUAAAUGUCAUGUUUUCAUAGGAAAACUUAUUUAUAAAUCUUUACACUGAAAAAAAAAAAAAAUCUUUACACCUUUAUUGUCAGUCAGGUGAGGGGAGUCCUGGUGUGAUUUGGCAUCUUACCAGUAGGAUCUUUUCUGCAUACACUACAGGAGUGCCUGUGGCCUUUAUGUCCAUGAUGCAAUAAAGGAUUCCAUUAAGUUGAUUUGUCAAGUUAUAGACACCUGUAUGUAACCUACUGAAUGUUUCUGAAAAACUAUUUCUCUUUAUUUUGUGUUCCUGAGUACUUGGCAGAUGUUCAUUUAGUGGGAAUUCUUACCUACCACAUGGAUGAACUUGAAAUUAAUUGCAAGGGAAAAACAAACUUAUUUUCUUUUAAAGAAACUUAAAAGGAGCAUAAAUAUUUCUAAAAAGCCAUUGAAAGGAAUGCAUGCCGUUUGUAAUUUAGAAAUGCUUUUUAUUCACUGAUAAGUAUUCACUUUUUUACAGCUUGUAUCAAAACAAACGAUUUUGGUUUUCUCAUAAAGGGAAAAACAGGUUGACACCAGUGGGUUGGCAUUAUUCCUUAAAAUUUUUGCUAUCAGGUUUUAUCCUUUAAUAAUGUUAUUUGUACUUCUAAAUUACAGCUUUUAGUUAAUUAUGAAAUCAGUUAUUUCAUUUGUUUCUUGAUUUCUCCAUAUUAUGAGCGCUGUUUUUAAAAUAUACUAUACAAAUUUGCAUCCCUUUUUUUCUCUUAAUAGCUUUUGUAGUUAAUACAUUCUAAACUUGAAAAUCGUGGUAUCAAUCAAUAAUGGAGGUGUCACUGGAGGAUUUAAUUUUGUAUUAUGUGUAGAAAUAGCUACUAAAAUGUGUAAGCCUUAAAGUUUACAACAUUUUUCUUAAAUAUACUCAGAUUUUUCAUUUAUUUUCAUAAAGUGGGAGGAGAUAGGUCAUUGUGCUUGCUUUUGUUUCUUUUUUUAUUUCCAUAAUCUGAAGCAGUACAGGCUAGGGUAUGUUAAUCAAGUGAGCAAGAUGAGAUAUGUAAAAUAUGAAGAGAAGCUGUAUAAAUCACAGUAUAAAAUUAUUAAGUUUGGGAACUGUAAAAUGUACUGUAUUUAUAUGUAACUCACUCUACAAGUUGCCACAAAGGCUGAAUUGGAAGCUUCAUGUCUGCAUGAAAUUUCCUAUAUUUUUAAUGUGUAUGAUGGACUUAAUUUUUCUUGAAUAUUAAAAUCUGACAAUUGCUAUGAAA